AUGGACACGAUAGCAGUGGCCCCCAAGGCGUCGGCGCUGGCGUCGCCCAAGAUUGUUAAGAAUGCAAAGGGCAACAUUGUACCGAGCAGCCAGAUGGCGCAUAUCGCGUAUGGAUGCGAGCACAUGGGCGAGAUGUUUGAGAAGGCGCGCAAGCAGACGCUCCAGCACUACCGAGCCAUCCUCCAGAAUAUUCACGAGAAACCGAGUAUAAUAGCCCAGACGUACACUGCGCCUGCGGAUGCGCGCAAUGUAGUGUCGCUGAGGCCGCUGUACCUGUGCCUGCAGUGUCCGAGCAUCAUGACCGAGGUGGAUCGCGAUUUGCACUUCGAGACCAAGUCGCACUGUUUCUCUGUGGAGUCACGAGACGGCAACAUAUACUGUGGCAAUUGCCAGGACUUCAUCUACGACGAGACGUUGGACGUGCUGAGAGUACAGAAGGGCAAGAAGCGAAAGUACGAAGACAACACCACGACCGAAGACCACAAGCUCGUAAUCAGCAACUCGACCUUCCUCCCCUGCCGCGCGAUAGGCCUGCGUGGGCUCUAUAAUAUGGGCCAGACAUGCUUCAUGAGCGUCAUCCUACAAACCCUCGUCCACAACCCGUUCAUACGAAACUUCUAUCUUUCCGAAGGUCAUAAGCAGACAGAGUGCGAGAGGGACUCAUGUGUGAGCUGUGCGCUGGACGAGAUGUUUGUCGAAUUCCACUCAGCUGAGAAGACAGAGGGCUUUGGCGCCGUCAGCAUGCUCAUGGGCAGCUGGCUGGCGGGGGAAGCUCUCGCAGGAUACCAGCAGCAGGAUGCGCACGAGUACAUGCAGUUCAUACUCAACACGCUGCACCAGGCGAACGGCGGAUCGACAGACGACUCGGAAGAUUGCAAGUGCGUGGUACAUCAGGCCUUCUGCGGGAAGCUCUCAAGUACGGUGACAUGCGACAAUUGCCGCAAUGUGACCACGGCGCAAGACCCGUAUAUGGACCUUAGUUUGGACGUACGGAUACAAGGCAAGAAGCGGAAGAUCAAGGAGGAAAAGGGUGAAGAGACACCUCUGGAUUUGAGGGACUGUCUCGAACGCUUCACGGUGAAGGAGAAGCUGGGCUCAGCAGAGUACACAUGUCGAAAUUGCGACAGUCCGCAGAAUGCGACCAAGCAGCUGAGCAUCAAGAGGUUACCACCGGUUCUCUCCAUUCACCUCAAGCGCUUCGAGCACACAAAAUCCACGUCCUCCAAGAUCGAAACCCCCGUUCGCUUCCCAGUCAAACUAGACAUAUAUCCCUACACGACCGCCCACAAAGCCGCCAUGCGCGCCGUGAAGACCUCCGGCGCACCGCUCUCGAACCACAACGUCAACAGCCCGGCAAACGCCCUCGUAUACGAAUUAAGCAGUGUCAUCGUGCACAAGGGCAAAAUCGACUCUGGACACUACGUCAGUUACAGCAGGGAGGGCAACGACUGGUUCAUGUUCGACGAUAGCAAGGUAGUGCUGGUCAGCGAGGCAGAGGUCCUUGCUGCAGAGGCCUAUCUGCUAUUCUACAUGGUUGGUGGACUAGAGGUAUAA